GAAAAACUAAACCGUGUUCACUCAAGAGGAAAUGAGAAAUUUGUGAAUUAAAUAAAACAAGGCAAUGAAAAUUAGAACAACUUAAGGGAGCCCUUUAUAGUUAAGUUCAACUGCUUGGACAAACCUCCUCUUCUUUCCUGGUACAAAUGUCAAACACUCGGAAGAAAAAAAAAUUACUCCUUAAGACAUUGCAAUCAUCAAAUUCUGGAUGCGGGCUAUCUAAACAUAGAGAAUUAAAAGAUUUCUUUACUCUUUCCCCUUUCCUUAUGACACAGCAUGACUCUUCACUGGAAGCAAACAUAUUUAAAUUGUUACCUAACAUAUUUUGUGAAGCCGGUUGGCCGUCGUCCAGAUUUUUAAUGCUGUCUGAUAAUCAACAUUCUCCUACUUGUAUCUGGGGCACUGAACAGUAGAGGAGUUUAAACCAUAGAGCCGCUUCUGAAACUGUGUCAGCUGACCUGUGCAAUGCUGGUACUUUGCCCAUGUAUGUUUUCUUUUUCUUCUUUACAAAUGAAAGUGCCAUUGGCUUCUACUGCAUAAGAUUGCUACAAUUUAAUGUAUGUGAAAAGCUUAGGACAGAGCCCCGCAUAUUGUGAGACUUCCAGAAUGGUAAUAGCAAUGACAUAUUUUAUUAUUCCACUUACUAAGGGACACUAGCACACCUCAAGUUAUAAAUCAGUAGUAGCAAGCUGCAAUUUAACUUCGUGUUUAUUUCCUGCUCUUUGAAGCUGUGACUACUCUCUCUACUUACAUAAAAUUCGCGUGCGUUUUACUAAGCACUGUUUUUGUUAAAGCAGUUACGGUCUAAUUGUAGAUUUAGGGAUGACUUAAGUUCUAAGCUGAAACUUUAGCUGAAAGGGACGGGUUUAUUUUCAGGUUGUAGUUAUAGAAAUGAAGCUACUGGAGGAGCGCGUUGGAGGUCCCGUGGAUCUAUGUAUUGCUUCAGCAGUGUUUGCUUCCACUGUAUUAGCUUCCUUGCAAGUCCUCCAGUCGCAGUCUCCUGGACCAUCUCCUUGCCACCUUGGGCUCCUAGGACCAGCCAGUACCAUCUCACCAUCUUCGAGGUUAGGCUCAUACCUGGGAUCAGCCAUGACCUCUCAGAUUCGUCAGGAUUAUUCCACCGAUGUGGAAGCUGCCGUGAACCGCCUGGUCAACUUACAUCUGCCAGUCUCCUACACUUACUUCUCUAUCGGUUUCCUUUUUGAUCGGUCUGACGUGGCUUUAGAGGGCGUAGGCCAUUUCUUCCUCCACAAAUUGGCGGAGGAUAAGAGCAAGGGCACAGGGCAUUUCCUCAAGUUGUGGAAUGAUCACGGGGUUUGGAGUGGGGGUUGGGCACUCUUCCAGGAUGUUCAGAAGCCAUCUCAAGAUGAAUGGAGUAAAACCCAGGAGACCAUGGAAGCUGCCUUGGCCCCAGAGAAGAACCUGAACCAGGACCUCUUGGGUCUACAUUCCCUGGGUUCUGCUGGCACAGACCCUCACCUCUGUGACUUCUUGGAAAGACACUUUCUGGAUAAGGAGGUGAAGCUCAUCGAGAAGAUGGGCAACCACCUGACCCACCUCUGUAGGGUGGCAGGGUCAAAACCAGCGCAGAUUGGCAUGCCCCUUGCAUCUCUGGGCGAGUAUUUCUUUGAGUGCCUCACUCUAAAGCACUCUGCUUCUCCCCAGGGGCUUCCUCCUCUGCUCUGCACCAGACGCCUCAGGACCUCCACCUGCAUGAACCACUCAAGUCACUAGGUAGCUUUGUAACUGCCCUGGAACCUCUCCCAAGUCUUGGACCAAGUCAAAAUAAAGUUUUUUGAAACAGCAAAAAGAAAAAAGGAAGAAAGAAAGAAAGAAAGAGAGAAAGAGAAAGAAAGAAAAAAGAAAGGAAGAACGAAAGAAAGGAAGAACGAACGAAACGAGGCUAUUGUUGAUGGAUGGGUAGGAGGUUCAGCCAGGGGACAGCUAAUGCUGACAGAUUGCUGUUGGUGUCUGACCAAUAGCUGAGUAGAAAAGAGAAGUGUGUAAGGGGGUCUAUUCUUCAAAAGAAAUAUCUAGGAGGCCGAGGCAGGAGGAUUGCUGCUAGUUUGAUGCUAGGCUUGGGCUGCAGAUCCUUCAGAAAAAUCUCAUGGUGGUAGAAAAAAGGGAGCAUUUUAAUAGAUAUGCCAAACUAAAGAAUUCUUAAUGGAUGGAACUAGAAAACAUCCUGAGCUUCCCUCAGACCCAAAAGGACUUGCAGGAUGUAUACUCACUAAUAAGUAGCUAUUAGUCAAAAAAGUACAGAAUACCCAGAUAUAGUCCACAGAACUCA